AUGCUCAGAGUUCGUUCCAGUCCUAACGCAAAACAACGAACAACGACGAAAGGAGAUGACGUCAAUCCUCGUUGGAAUGAAACUUUUAAGUUUUAUUUGAAUCCUGAGAAGAAAAACAUACUGGGUAUGAAUGUAACUUAAACCGACUUUCUUUUUACUGUUGGCAUGAACGCCAUACGAAAAUUGGUGGGACAUUGCCCAAGGACAAAUUGAUUAAAUUUUGGUUAAAUUAAGAUAAAGAUUGAAUGAGAAAUUAAAUGCUUGGCAUACUUAAUUACCCCCUGCGGUUUCGACCUCAAUACUUAUCGUUGAAAGAAAUAUACUUAGGUACAUAGCAUGCAUCAACAAGAAUAAAUAGUUUAUACCUUUAGUAGAAGCACUUGAAAUCCAGUUUUAAAAUCAUGACUGGAUUUCAAGUGCUUCUACUAAAGGUAUAAACUAUUUAUUUUUGUUGAUGCAUGCUAUAUACCUAAGUAUAUUUCUUUCAACGAUAAGUAUUGAUUAGUGAUACAUUUUAGUGUAAAAAGUCAGAAUAUUUUUGAGCUAAUCGUUAACAAAUGUUAUUAUUUUGAGAUCGAAACCGCAGAUUUAAAUUUAAAUGCUUGGCAUACUUAAUUACCCCGCAGCUUUGCCGGGCUAUGCCGGGCAGAAUAAACUGAAUACGUAAUUAGCCUAGUGUAUAUAAUUUAUGCACUAUACAUAAUUUCAUUCGCUGGUGGAGGUAUGGAGUUUCCGAGUAACCUCUGCACACGUAAAAAUCUCACAACUUGUCAACAACAUGUGUUCGCAACAGGCUUGUAGCAAGCUUGUCAGCAAGUUGUAACAAUGCUGUUAUUUUAUCAAGUUGCUACAGGGUUGUCACUCGCGACCAGUGAACUCUAAUAAUAACUGGAAGGCUAACUCCUAUGAUCAAAGUCUAUGAUUCGUUGAAGCCGGCGCGCGGGAAAAUCAGCUUUCAAAGGGACUAAGGAGAGUUUCGAGGAGUGAAAAAAAUUCUGUCAAAAGUUUGUUUUCGAGCAAAAAUUUGCAAGAAAAACACUUUUCCCAUGGGAAUACAACAAUGAUUGAGAUUUAAACCAAGUUUCCGAUUAGUUCCGACUGUUUUACAUCUCUCUGCAGCAAAAAGUAAGGAAUUUUGCUUUUGUAUUUUGAAAAAAUGACGAAAGUUUGGACGUGCCGAAGGAAUCUCGCCGUUCAACUCAAAAAUAUAUACUAUAAAACAUUUUGACAGUCCCAAAACUUAUGUUGUACUAAACCCCAGGUAUCGUUAUUGAUCCUGAGCUUUUAGUCCUUGUUUUAGUCGCUCUUAAACAUAAAUAAAUAUGCGUUUUUCAAGUGAUGUUAUUUUCGUCAUCGGCAUCUUGUUGGCCACUAUGAGCACUUUGAAUAUGGCAAUAUUUUUGUCAAUUUUCAAAUGCUUUUUUUUCGACCUUAAAACGUUAAAUCUUCUUGAAACUUCGCAUACAGAUGUAUUUUGCAAGGGUAUAAAAAAUUCCUGAGGUAUGACGUCUUAGUUUUGUCUUAAACUUCCAAAAACUCAGAAAAAGCAGCCUAAAACGCGCAGUUUUUCAGACCGUUCAUGCUUAUGGUCGUGUUUUUCGCAUUUUUUUUGCUAAUUCGUGAUUUGUUUGCGUGAUUUGGUAGUAUAACUAAUAUUUUGGGGCAAGAUUUUUCUGAUCAAAAAAUGUGCAUAUUUUGAAAAAAAAAAUUAAAAAGGACUGGGUCUACCUACAAAAAAAGCUUCAAGCACGGCUUCAACUUCCCCCCCUGACUUAGCCUUCCAGUUAUUAUUAGAGUUCACUGCUCGCGACUUGUUGACAAAUUGUUGAAUUGCAGGACGAUAACAAGUUCGGUUCGAACAACUUGUAACAAGUCUGUUGAGCUCCACAACCUUAUAGCAAGUUGUCAACAAGCCGAGAAUAAGCAGUGCGAACACAUCCUGUUGCUACAAGCCUGCUGCAGAUUUGUUACAACUUGUGCGUUUUCACAUGUGUAUAGUUUAAGAAUAUUAUUUCGUUUUUUGUUGAGAGACACCGGGCAUUUUUUAACUGUAUAACUAAUGUGGCAUUACAGGGUGUUAGCCAGAAGUAAAAAAAAUCCGCGUUUACCUGAAAUUGGGAAAUUUCUUUUAGCCUGAAGCCGGGCAUUUCUUUGUUGGUCUGGGGGAUGCGGUUGCCCCCUCUCGAUUUUUAAAAUUUUUGUAUCUUUGAAAUGGCAUUUCCCGCAUUUUGGGAGUAAUUUUGAGCAAAUGUAGUUAUAAACAUGUUUUUAAUGGUGUAUUAACAACAAUGAAUUUCUAUAACUAUUUUUUGGCUGACCCAAAUUGGGAAAUUGCGACCUCAAGGUAAUUGGGAAAACCGCGUUUAACGCAGAAUUUUUGACUGUAGCUAACACCCUGCAUUAAUCCCAGCAGGUAUUUUGCUUGCCCCAGUAGUGAAACAAGAUUUUCAGAUGAACUGGGCCCUUUUGAUCAUUAGUAAAAAGUCAAUGUUGUUGAAAAAUCUGCAUCUGCCUGCCUUCUCAUAUCCUCUCACAUUCUUGACAUUCCAUCUCAUAAAAGUGAGAACAUGCAGCGGCGGCGCUGAUGUGGGUGUGGGGGUUGGAACACCCCAGUUGUCAGGUAGUCAGCAAAUUAUCUAAUCCCAGUUGGAUAGGAAGAAAAGAAACUAAAACACUUGAGUGUCACUGAUUAAAAAUUCAUAAUUGUAGCUAAUAUUUAGAAAAAUGUAUGGAAAAAAAUACGGAAAAUUAAACAAACAAUGCUGCGUUAACCGAAAAGAAAAUGGAAAGUUUAAUGUGCGAAAAUUUUUUUGAUUCAAAUAGGGGGCUAGCACCGCCCCUGAGCACAGGUAACUGCGCGGGGAAAAGGCCCUCAUUUAGAUUUGGCCCCGUGGUUGCAAUUUCUUAAAAAUUUCUUAGACACCUAGUGAAAACCUAUUUUCAAGUACAUUUCAAGCUCACACUGUAGCUAUGUACACUUUGCGAAUCAUAGCAUUUUUUCGCGUUUUUCCCCGCAGAGCUGGUUAUGAUGGAUAAGGAUGUUGGAUUAGACGAUACUGUAGGCAGGGAGGAAAUAGAUAUUGAUGGUUUACCUGUGAAAAAAAAAUUGAUGAAGAAAUUUUUUCUCAACAAGGUAAAAUACAUGGAAUAAGUGAACGGAGAUAACGAAUAUAGGGGAGACAAAAGGCCUGAAUCGCAGGGCCGCAGCUGCGAUUUUCGCCAGAGAUUGUGACGUCACAUGCAACAUUUGAAUUAGCAAACGAUUACAUAUGACAGAAAUUUCAGCCCGGGAUGAGUUUCAGCCUGGGCUGAAGUUUCAGCCCGGUUAAAGCUGCCUGGGCUGAAAGGUUUAUCCCGGUUGAUUGGGCUGAAAAUCGUCAUGUAAUCGACGAGGAAUUUCAACCGGGGGUUGAAAAAACAGCGUUUAAGUGGCUUUAUUUCGGUCUGUUCUAUUUUUAAAUGCAACCACAGUCUCACAGAAGUCAAAUAAUAGACAUGAACAUCAUUUUAAAUUCUUCCAAGAAUAGCUCCAUUUUGAGACUUGAUCGCUUCAGCUCGGGCUGAGAUUUCACGCCGGUUUAAACUGAACUUUGCCCGGGCUGAACUUUGCCAUUAGAGGUGUGCAUCGGAUCGGAUUGGACGUUUAUAAUCCGACGAUUGCCUAAUGUUUAAAAUCCGAUCCGAAAUUGUUUAAUCCGAAUCCGAUCCAAGUUUUGAUAAAGAAUUCCGAUCCGAUCCGAAGAAUUCUUUAAUAAAAUAAAUUUCUCAUUCAAGUCGAAAUUAUUUAACCAAAUAAAUAUAAAAACAAGAAAUACAUGUCAAGAAGCUGACAAAGUGACGUCCAAUUGAAGUAUCAAACGAAUAAUGCAGCGACAACCGCGAUAAUGCUUUGAUAAAUGCAUGGAUAAUUGAUUCUUGCGAUAAUGCGUGGAUAAUUAAUUCAUUUUAUUUCGGAUAUCGAAGUCCGAUCCGAUUCGACUACGAAACAACUUUAUCAAUCCGAUCCGAUCCGAAAUGAAUAUUUUGGUUCCGAAAUCCGAACGAAUCCGAUCGGAUCGGAUUUGCAUACCUCUAUUUGCCAUGUAAUGAUGGUAAUCGUGAAACAAUUUCAACUUGGUUAACCGGGUCGAAAUUCAGCCCGGGUUGAAAACUCCCCAUGUUUUAAAGUUUUAAAUCUUUUUUAGACAACUUCCCUGAAAAUAUCAUUGCUUGUCACAAGCGAGUAAGUAUACUGUCAAAAUAGCCUGGUUCACACUAUCAAAGUGUCUGUGAUCACGGAAGGAAAUGGCAAAUUCUAAGUUUUGAAGUAUUAGUAAGAAAUGUGAAUGUAAAAUUAAUAUAUUUAAUUUCUUUAGCGAAACGAGGGAACUGAGAUUUAGUUACGACAUUUGCGACGAAGAGAAAAAGUUUCUGAAGAAAAGGAGUAAAGUCGUGUUGAAAAAAUUUUCAAAGCUUGGUCUGGGAGGAAAAACACCAAGAAAUAAGAAUGAGGUGA